ACCAUUAUUUUCCACCAAAAAUAUUCAUUCAACCAUGCCGUCUUCCAUCAAUCUUCUUCUUCUUCUCCAGUUCGUGAUCUCCGCCUUAAUGUUAUCGGCUUUCAUCAUGUCGCCGGCCGCUGCCGGCACCAUCGCCGGCGAUGAGUUUACCUGGAUAUCGAAGCAGGUCGGAGGAGGAGGAUGUACAGGAUCUAUAGCUGAGUGUAUGGGAGGUGGAGAGAUGGAGAUGGAAUCGGAAAGCACCAGGCGUAUAUUAGCAACGACUAACUACAUAAGUUAUGGAGCACUGCAGGGGAACAAUAUACCGUGCUCGCAGAGAGGUGCGUCGUACUAUAACUGUCAAUCAGGUGGUCAAGCUAAUCCGUAUCAGCGUGGUUGCAGUACGAUUACUCGUUGUCAACGUUGAUUUUUCUUCGUGUUUCUGUGUGAAUCUUCUUCUUCUUCUUCUUUCUACUCCGAGUUUUCUGUUUCGAUUAUACUUUCAUAAGAAUAUGAUUGAUUAUGGUGAUUGUUAAUUGUUGGAUGAGUUUCAUCGCUGAUUUUCUCUUGACGGCAUGCUUAACCACCGCCAGCAUCUUCAUUCUUCUUCUUAAUUCUUCUUCUGACUGUUUCGACUAUAGUUUCAUAAGGAUGUGAUUGAUUUUGGUGAUUGUCGAUUGUUGGAUGAAUCUCGAUCGCUGAUUUCCCCCCGACGGCAUGUUUAACCACCGCAAACAUCUUCUUCCAGUUUUCUGUUUCGAUUAAGGAUAUGAUUGUUGGAUGAAUCUCAUCAUUGAUUUCUUCUUCACAUGUUUAACCAUCAUAAACAUUUUCUUCUUCCA